AUGAGCUUUCAAGAAUCCAUACUGGAUCUGAAAACUAGCAAUGGAGCUGUGAAUAAAGAGCAAUGUCUUCUGCUUCUUCCGGCCCCGCCCUCCCCCGCAGUGCGCCAGUUGAAGGAGGUUUACGGACCAGCGUUGUCGCAUAUAUUUUCGAGCACUGCAGCUGAACUAAAAGGUUCCAGCAACAUAUAUAAGCUUGAUGUCGCAUUAGUCAUUCCUCAGUUACUGUCCGCUCAAUAUCAGCCUCGAUCCAAGGCCUUUGUUAGUCUCCAAAAACUUCUUGCCAACUUCUACACCCUGGUGGGAGCUAUCAGUGCUGCGAACGAUGUAGAGUUAGACGCACCGGGGGGCAUUGAUGUCCGUGUCUUUUUUGUUGAUAAUGCAGAGAAUGAACAGACCAAGGAUUGGAAGAGAAUACAAGGGCCCGUCAUUGACUUUAGGACAUUGGCAACUUCGCAGCGGCCUUGGGAGCAAAUAUAUGUUCCGGACACAACAGAAGGAGAGCUUCUAGCAGGUACACUGUUCACGCAUGGAGCCUCAAUUCCUAGCAAUAAAUUACCUACUGGCACUACAACCAUAUCAGAGUCAAUCAUCAACGCCGACGAAGAGCAUUCUACAAGCCAUGCCGCAAUCAUUGUUGGCGGGACAUUUGACCAUCUUCAUCUUGGGCACAAGUUACUGCUCACGGCCACCGCAUUAGCACUGGAUGGUACGAGAGACGAUAAGAUUCUUGCAGUCGGGAUAACCGGUGAUGAGAUGCUCGUGAACAAGAAGUUCGCCGAGUAUCUGGAGAGCUGGGAAGAGAGAAUGCAAGGAACAGCGGCAUUCCUACGAGCUAUUGUCGACUUCAAUCCUCCAGAGAUUUCUUCUGUUGAUCUCAAGCGCACUGAACAACCAGGUCCGAAUGGCAAACAGGUCUCGUUUCAGGUGAUGCCGGACUUGACCGUGCGGUUGGUACAGAUUAGUGAUCCGUUCGGCCCGACGAUUACAGAGGAACAAUUCACUGCACUGAUUGUGUCAGCAGAGACACGAUCAGGUGGACAGGCAGUAAACACGGAAAGGAAUAAAAAAGGAUGGCCAUCCUUAGAGGUGUUUGAAGUGGGCGUCUUGCAGGCAGGAGAAGCACAAGAAGUGGCGGAUACGGCAGCCAGCAGCUUCGAAUCCAAAAUCAGUAGUACUGACAUUCGACAACGUCGAAUGAAGAGUGCGACCAGCAAUCUUUAA